UCCAUUUAGUGUGUCUGAAAAUUUGUUAUUUAUUUUGUCACGAUCGAAAUCCUAGAAAUGCUCGAUGCUAAUAAAAGAAUGUUAUGAACGAACCAUCCGCAAUUGUAUAGUUCCGUGCUUGUAUGUGUUCGUCACAAUACAAAUUCUCAUCGGCUUGAUGGCCAUUGUAGCAAGUGAACAAUUCAAGAAUUUACUCGGACGCUAUGUGCCCGAAAUCGAACAAAAUGAAAUCAACAUCAAGUUGUUCCUGUUCGAACUGUUCGGCUGUAAUGUUUUUCUAUCGUACAUGGGCGGAUUGCCAUUGUUGCGACGAUUAUCAGACGCGUACACUAGCCACUUGAGCAGCUUGUUAAAGUUAUGGCAAUUCUUUAUCUUUACUGCAUCGUUGAACGGAAUAUUUGGCAGUUACAUGAUAAAUGGAUCGCGGAAAUUUCUUAAGCAAACCAUAGAGUCGACUCUAUUUCGCGGCAUUGACUUCUAUUAUACGGAUCCGGAAUGGCGAUUGAUUUGGGAUAGUUUCCAGUUCAAUGAACAAUGUUGCGGUGUCGCAAGCUUUAAAGAUUGGGAAUCAUUGGCCUGGAUGAUUAAUCAGGAUGAGAAUUCCAGCGUUGGCAGUGCCACGGAUCUAUCAUCACUAACACCAUACAGUUGCUGUAAGAAAGACAGUGUCUGUUACGGAAACAAUGUGCAUGGGAAAUCGCCACAAAAUUGGAUUGAAUUGCCUACGACUAUCAAUAUGACAUUGAUCAAUGAGGAAGGUUGCCUUCGAAUAUUUUCAAAGCGAUUAGACGACAUUUGUAUGGCCAUAUUUGUUGUGGUGGCCAUAGUAUUCUUACUACAGAUUGCAAUAUUAGUCGCUAUGACAGUCUUAACACACAGAAAAGCCGCGAGAACGAAACAAACCUCAAACCAUCAAAGUCAAACUGAUCUACCCACAGGGACUCCCAUUCUGCCUGAUUCGAUGGAAAUCUUAAGCGAAUGUAACCAGACAGAUGACGAUGGAUUCAUGCUUCAAAAGAGAACCUCCAGUCAUUUCGUCCUAAAGCACAAUAAUCGUAAGAAUCGUGUCGAAUUUGCCUCCGAUAUGGGAUCGAGUGAGGAUGAAACUCAAAGACUGUUGACCGAAACGACCAAUUGAACAUAUUUCCUACGCUGUGUAUUGGUUUAAGGAAAAUUUCUUUAUUAUAUUUUUUAGUUGCAUGUUGCAAGGAACGA